CUAUAAUAGGGCCGCCCCUCGCGGUUCUGGUUCCUCCACGUUUCCCUGAACUCGCUUGGCUCAAAAGCCCCGGUUGCUUUGAGGAGCUUCUUUUCCUGUUUUUUUUCUCCUUCCUGCAUGAGAGAAUGGCGGCCUCCGCAAAGGGAUAGCUCUGCAGGGCUCCUCCCAGGACACCGUCCGUUUUCGGUUACAAGAAGCGACCCAAACUCUUCCACUGCGGUGUUUCUUAUGUCAGCCGCUCUGAAAAUAAUAAUAAUAAUAAAAUAGGCGCUUGAGUUUAGCGUUUUUUUAGACGCCCAGUAGGUGAACGCGCCAGCUUCACCCGGGGCAGCCCUUUAAAAAAAAGAUAUUUUUGAAAGGUCACCCGUGGCUAACUGGCCCUUUAAGGUAUAGGAAGAAAGAGCAGGUUCCGACCUGGAGGUUCACUGGUCUUGAAGGGAAGAGAGUGUGGGCUGUGGAGGAGAACGUGUGAAAAAGCGAAAACAACAGAAAAAGUGAAAGGGGUGGUCAUGAGGAGGUGGGCAUAGUAACCCCUGAGCUCCUCCUAGGUAUCACCCCUGCUCCCCACCUCACCCACCCUGACCCUCCUGGCACAGUAUCAUGUCUCAGGAAAGUGAGCAUGGCAAAUGGACAGUGUCUAGUAGCGAUGAUGAGAGUGCAGGGGAACAAACGAACAGCGAGAUGCCGUCCACCUCUUUGCUGCAGCAAACUGGGCAAGAGAAGGGUCCCCGUUACCCUUGCUCAGAGGCCAGGAAAACUGCUCACAAAAGAAAAGCAUCUCCCCUGAAACAUAACGAUGGAAGCUUUCCGCAGGAAGUGGCCCUGGCUCAGAAACAGAAGCCCUCUCAAGAAGGUUUAGGAUGGUGCCUUUCCAGUAGUGAUGAUGAUGAAGACGAUGAUCUGAAAGAGCGAAGGGGGAAAGAAGGUGCAGCAGCUGGAGUCAGGCAGGGAGAGCGUUGUGCUCCUAAGGGGAUCCUAUCAAACCAUAAACUCCCACCAAGCCACGAAAAAACAGAGCCGUCUGACAGAGUACAAGAUGCUUGGGAUCUAUUAAAUGGAGGAAACCCUUUCAGAUUCUUCCUCACUAAAGUCAAAGGGAUUAAGGCAAAGUACAAUUCUGGAUCGCUGCACAUAAAAGAUAUUUUGUCUCCCCUCUUUGGGACUCUUGUAUCUUCUGCUCAGUUUAACUAUUGUAUAGAUGUGGAAUGGCUUGUCAAACAGUAUCCAAAGGAAUUCAGGGACAAACCUUUAUUAAUAAUCCAUGGGGAGAAGAGAGAAUCCAAGGCUGCACUACAUGAACAGGCACAUCCUUAUAAAAAUGUUCGCUUAUGCCAGGCAAAGUUGGAUAUUGCCUUUGGAACACACCACACGAAAAUGAUGUUGUUGCAUUACGAAGAAGGGCUUCGCGUGGUGAUACAUACAUCCAACCUUAUUGACGAUGAUUGGUACCAGAAAACACAAGGAAUAUGGCUAAGCCCUCUGUAUCCAAAACUGCAACUUGGAGCUGCUGAGUCUGCUGGUGAAUCUCGUACAAAUUUUAAGUGUGACCUAAUAAGCUAUUUGAGGUCUUACAGUUCUCCUACUCUCAAUGAAUGGGUUGAAAUAAUCAAGCAGCAUGAUCUUUCAGAGACAAGAGUAUAUCUUCUUGGGUCAACUCCAGGUCGAUACCAAGGCAGUGAAAAAGAGAAAUGGGGUCAUCUUAGACUUAGAAAGCUUUUGAAAGAGCAUGCAACACAGCUACCUGAUCAGCAUUCUUGGCCUGUAAUAGGACAGUUCUCAAGCAUUGGAUCUUUGGGAGCUGAUCAGUCAAAAUGGCUGUGUUCAGAAUUUAGAGACAGUUUGAUCUCUCUAGGAAGCAACACAAAGACUCUGACAAAUCAUGAUGUUCCUGUUCACCUGGUUUACCCAACAGUGGACAACGUGAGACAGAGUUUAGAAGGUUAUCCAGCUGGUGGUUCUCUUCCGUACAGUAUACAAACAGCACAGAAACAGCUUUGGCUGCACUCUUACUUCCACAAGUGGUCAGCAGAGACAUCUGGUCGUAGCCACGCAAUGCCGCACAUUAAGACUUACAUGAGAUCAUCUCCAGACUUCCAGAAGGUUGCAUGGUUUCUAGUUACAAGUGCCAAUCUUUCUAAGGCUGCUUGGGGAGUGUUUGAGAAAAAUGGCACACAGCUGAUGAUCCGAUCAUAUGAGCUAGGAGUCCUCUUCCUGCCAUCAGAAUUUGGCUUGGAUGAAGGCUACUUCCAAGUGAAGGAAAACAUGUUUUCUGAUGAGCCGGUGUUAUCGUUUCCUGUACCUUAUGAUCUGCCCCCAGAGAAGUAUGAAAGCAAAGAUCGCCCGUGGAUUUGGAAUAUUCCCUACACCAAAGCACCUGAUACACAUGGAAAUAUGUGGGUCCCUAAAUGAAUAGCCCAAGUUCACCCUGAAACUUUAAAUAUGAGCCGAUUCAUAUACCUGUGGGACUUGGUUUAAAACCUGUGGUUUUAAUAACAUGGACUUUUACACAGGAUGGAAACUAGCUUCUCUUUUUUUAAAAAGUACAUUUUUUAUCGAUUGAAAACAUUUUGGAUAAAAUAAUGGGCAUGUAGAUUAAUAUUGUUAGAGCUUAUGAUAAUACAGUGCUUUUAAAACUGAAUUUAUAAACAUCAUUACUCUAUUUUGAAAUCACCAUGUCAAUUGGGUCAGACUUUGUACUGAGCCUGAAUAUUUUCAACCCUGUUCCUUCUUUAUCCUGGAAACAGUGGCCCUGAUGAAGGAGAAAUUUGUGCAGAAUUGAAAUAAAGUAAAUAAAAGUUCUUGGUUUCUUCAGUCAUCAAAGUAUGAGCUUAGGCUUCUCCUCUUUCCUGACACCCUGUCUUUUGCUCACAAAUAGAGUUUAUCCACCCACAGAUGCUAUUCAUUGUACAAUGCUUUUCAACUGAGGCAUCGCAUAUAUAUAUUUCCUUUUUGCAUAUUUUUAUAAGGAUGAAAUCCAGAUAAAAGCAUAUGAUGUAGAUAAAGUAGUUUGUUGCUAUGGCGGUAAUCUAAGAUAGUUAGGCUUCCUAUUUCAUCUUUAAAAGUAGGGAGCGAUAAGUAAUUGUGUAUGGGCAACAUCCAGCCUACAAAAUGACACCAUCUCCUGUUCAGUGCCCACUCCUAAAUAAGACCCACUGAACUAACUGAGAGUGACUUUUGUGUAAACAUGUAUAGAACCGAGCUCUUGUGUUGACAGGUGUUGUAUAAUACGGCAGAAAUAAUAAUCCAUUGGUUUCUAAGCAAUAACCGAUCAUUCACUAUGAGAUGAGAUACUGAAGUGGACCCUGAGCUUCAGGUACAACUGAUGGUUUAAAAAUAUUGGGAAGCAAAAUAGGAGUGGUUUUUGUAGCCCAAGACUCAUCGAUUCCAAUAGGGCUUAAUUUGAAACAUGCAUCUUUAGGAUUGAAACAAUAGGUUGGUUCAGUCUUAAACUGUGGUUUGGUUUUAUGUGUGAGCCUUGAGCUUGCAUGCAAUUUUUUGGAAGCUGUUCAUGCCUGGGAACAAGCCACAAAAUUGUUCAGAGCUAAUUUGCUGUUGGAAAUGAAAACAAAUUAUGGUACCAUCUCCAUUCUGGCUCUAGUUAAUUGAAGACAGAAUGGCGUAGUGUAGGGAAAGUGCAAAUUGACUUCAUCGAGAAAAUUGUAGGGUUUCUACUCUUAAUAGCUCAAGUAUAUGGUGUUUAUACCUAACAGUUUUUGUGAAGGCAGGUCUCUGCAGAAGAACAUAAAAAGUGGUGAAUCAAGCCAAAGGCCUAUCUAGUCCAACACUGUCUUUUCCUAACAGUCAGCAGAUGCUUAUGGGAAGUCCAGAAGCAGGAUAUAGACCGUCAAAUUUUGGGUACUCCUCAAGCUUUCCAAAGAAUAAUGGUUGGGUUACCUAGAUAGGCACUGGUUUUCAGUCCUAGCAUAUUGUAUUCUGGAUAUCAUAGAAUCAUAAGAGUUGGAAAAGACUACAAGGGCCAUCCAGUCCAACCCCCUGCCAAGCAGGAAACACCAUCAAAGCAUUCCUGACAGAUGGCUGUCAAGCCUCUGCUUAAAGACCUCCAAAGAAGGAGACUCCACCACACUCCUUGGCAGCAAAUUCCACUGUCGAACAGCUGUUACUGUCAGG